AUCUAGUAUUAGGGACAUAAGUGUUACAAAACAAAGAAAAAUGAGGACUAAAGUGUUAUAAACAAAAAAUUGAGGUACCUAAAGUGAUAUAAUAAAGAAAAGUUCCAAAAGAAGAAGAAAAGAAAAAGAAGAAGACAACAAUGGAGAUUGGAGAAAACUCACUGUAUCAGCAAUUACACAAGCUGUCAGGGGUGAAGUCAGAAGAAGCCCUUGACCAAUUAAUCUCAGCUCUCUGGCAAACCAGGAAGACUGGUCUCCGUGGUCACCAUGACAAGUCUCAUUUCAAGACCCUUCUCAAUCUCCCUUCUCUCUCAGACCUCGACCCUGUUUUAGCAUGUCUUCGUUGUAUGAUUAGAAAAUGUGCUUAUGGAAAUUUUAGUGGAGAUGAUGUUCUUAAGGUUGUUCCACCUGAUUUGCCUAUUGAGCUUCAGAGAAUUCUUUUGAUUUUGUUUCAGAAGUAUCAGAGUCAGUGGAAACAAGAUGUUUCAAAGGAACAGCGUUUAUUGCCAAGGACCAAUGUUUCAUAUCAUGAUAAACUGAGCACACCACAAACUUUCACACCUUUCCAACCUUCGUCGAAUACUUCGGCUCGCCAGAAUGAUCCUAUUGCUCAAUUAGAUCAGACUGGUAUUGGAGCUGCAUCCACACCAAUUGUCCCCGAAAACAUGGGAUCUUUUCCGAACCUCAAGUCGAUGACUUGGAGCAUGGAAAAUUGCAGCUCAGACCAAGCAAAGAAAGUAGCAAUUAUCUCUCUAAAGCUGCAAGACUAUUUGAAAUCUUCUUCAGGUGAAGUGGAAGUGAAGUUUCAACUCACUAAAGAUACACUUGAUGCUAUGUUGAGAUCAUUGACUUACAUUAAUGAUCAACUUUCUGGAAUGGUUGGAAGUUCUUCGGAGGAACCGAUACAGAAGAAGCAAAAGCAGACAGAUACUUGAGCUUAACUUUGAUUUUGUUUGGCUCAUUCAGAUUACAUUUUAGUGUAUAGACACUAACCUUGUAGAAUAUAUAAUCUUAUGUGUAAUAACAAUCUUAACAAAACAUGUUACAUUGUAAUUCAUUUGUUUUUCUUUCUUUUUUU